AUGAUGCAAGGAAUUUUUUACGCCAGGUUUUUCCCCGAACAAGGUCCCCAAAUCGUGGCUCAGUCUCCUCCAGGAUGUAUCACCGCCUCUGAGUUGAGCACUCGUCAGCCGCUGGUCGACUUCGACGUUCUGCGGGAGUACAUCAUCCCUCGGCAAGCCUUUUGCAACCGCUACGUGACCAUAAACUCCCCAGACGGCAAGUACAUCGUCUUGGGCUACCCCGUGGUCAUCGCCCACACCAAGUACCGUCGCAAUGAGUUCAUCUUUAAUUUUGGCCUUCUCAUUGAAGCCGACGUCGACCAGACCCCUUACGAGGGCGUCGUCAGGUAUCUUGCAGAAACCUUUGCAGAAAUGGAAAAGCAGAAUGAGUAUCUCAGCCAAGGCGAGGGCGAUGGCUUGAGAGCCCGUGAAUCGCGGAGGCCCAUUGAGAGUCUGCUGGAGAUUGUCAAGGAAGAUUUGAACAAUUACGGCGAAUGCAUGAUCCCUGUCGACGAAGCCAACACCAUCAAUAUGAAGCUUUUCCCCCAUCACCGCACCCCGCCCACUGUCAAAGGAUGGCACGUUCCUGUCGCCAAAGUCAAGUUUUCCGAAAUCAUCGAUCCGACGUGGGAUCUCACCCUCCAGAAAGUAAUUGCCAAGAUCGACGGUGUCUCUGAUGUCAGGCGCAUCGCUCACUCGGCCUCUGUGUCGCUGGACCUGGCCAAGGUUGCGCUACGUCACCUCCUCUAUUACGACACCAUUAUUCUCAUCGACACCUUCUUUUUCAGCUCCUGCUACGCGCCGCGCCCUGGCAUACACGACUUUAUUCGCAACGUCGACGGCAUCGUGGAGGAGUGUGCGGGCUACGUGUCUCAUGGCCACGCCAGAGUCAGCAACUACCAUCUCAUCAAGCUCAUGACCUCGUUGGCCCCAAGCAAGAGCGUCAAGGAGUGGAUCAUGAUGAGCCAGGAGAAUGGAUUCGAUGUGCUUCGCUACGUUGACGUCCGCCGAUUCGUGCAAUUCGGCAUAAUAAAGGGGUGCUUGUACCGGGUACACAAGUAUGUCUUGUCCAAGCAAUAUUUGGCUGCUUUGGCAACAGGCCAAAGCCGCCCGAUACCGGGAGGCGACUCCUUGCAGAAGUAUACCGAUGGAAAUCACCACUUUGAUCAGAUUAUUACUGAGCAGAAUCUGACCAACGACGAGAUCAUGGACAAGUUGAAACUGCUGCCUGUUCCAAAGGGAGAUCUCACCGUGCUGUAUAGAUGA